AUGAUUGAUCAACAGCACUCGUAUUGUCUUGAUAAAAUAUCGUUGUAUAGCUCACCGCCGACCGAGAACGAAAUAGGACAAAUCUUAAAAUUGCACAAUCAAGAACGCAUUGAUGUUCAGGGUGAAAAUAUGCAGCAGAUGUACUGGAGUAGAGAUUUAGCUGAAAUUGCCCAACGUUACGCUGAGCGUUGCGUAUUUCAUCAUGAUAAAUCUAUUCAAAGAGAAGCACCUCGAAUACCAAUGCCAACUGGUCAAAACCUUGAUUGUAACGGUUUGGUCAGUCUCUAUGGUGGGACAAUUGAUCUGAACUCGUGUGAAUGUCGAUGUACAUCAUAUGCAAGGGGUAAACUGUGUGAAAAACUCGGCUGUGCAUCGUUACCCAAUACUUGUCCAUACGGAUCAGACAAAUCAUGGUGUAUUAAAUAUGCCAAUGUGCCUGCUGAGUGUCCAAAAUUUUGCGGUCUGUGUGAUCGAUACGAAGAAAUGCAAAAAUAUUACUCCAUCCUUGAAAUACAAACAGAUAUCGGCAUCGGCGAAGCUGACAUUGCUCUGUCUGUUAGAUCGGAUACACGAAUUUCAGUUUCUUUUGUUUUUAUUCAAAUAAUCAUCGUACGUCGGCUGAUUAAAUAA